GCUCCACGAGUAGGAAGCGGCUUUCAGCGUCCUCCCGGGCGAGCGACAGCGGGCACUUUGAUGAAUCACGUGUGUCGAGGCCGUCUUAAAGAGAUAGGCACCUACUUUUCCUCCACCCUAAACACCGCCCCGAGGGCGUAGGCGACCGCGGUGAUUGCAGCUGCUUAGGGGCAGGGCUUGCCCCAGCGCUGAGUGGUGGCACCGGCGUGGUUUGCGUCGGGGUUGCCUGGGCUUGGGGAGACCCGGUGGCCUGGGAGCGGCGCUUGGCGGGCAACCCUCUCUGUCCCUGGACGCGGGACAUCCUGAGCGCUCCGAGGGGUUUUUGCCCUUGAGGAGACUUGGGGUUUCUGGGCGGCAGGUGACAGGGCCAGAGAAAGAUGGAGCAGCUCGGGGCGGCGGCGUCCGGAGCUGGAGGAGGCGGCGGCGGUGAGGAACACGGCGUGGGCCGGAGCAACAAGCGAGGCGCGGGGAACCGGGCCGCCAACGAAGAGGAGACGAAAAACAAACCCAAACUGAACAUUCAAAUAAAAACUUUGGCAGAUGAUGUGCGUGACCGAAUUACAAGUUUCAGAAGAUCUGCCAUCAAAAAAGAAAAACCUAUUAUUCAACAUCCUACUGAUUCUCAAGUUGCAAUGAGUGAGAUUCCUCCAGCUCAGAUCUUAUAUGAUGACCGAUCUCUGAUUUUAUCUGAAAAGGAAGUUCUGGACCUCUUUGAGAAAAUGAUGGAGGAUAUGAACCUUAAUGAAGAAAAGAAGGCUCCAUUGCGAGACAAGGACUUUAUCACCAAGCGUGAGAUGGUUGUCCAGUAUAUUUCUGCUACUGCCAAAUCUGGUGGCCUGAAAAACAGCAAACAUGAGUUCACCCUUUCUUCACAAGAAUAUGUUCAUGAGUUGCGUUCUGUCAUCUCAGAUGAGAAACUUCUCAACUGCCUGGAAUCUUUGAGAGUGUCCUUAACCAGCAAUCCUGUCAGCUGGGUUAACAACUUUGGCUAUGAAGGACUUGGAGUCUUACUGGAUGUGCUGGAGAAGCUUCUGGACAAAAAGCAGCAAGAAAAUAUCGACAAAAAGAAUCAGUACAAAGUCAUUCAGUGCCUGAAAGCAUUUAUGAAUAAUAAGUUUGGACUACAAAGGAUUCUAGGUGAUGAGAGAAGCCUUUUACUGUUGGCAAGAACAAUUGACCCGAAACAACAGAAUAUGAUGACUGAAACAGUCAAAAUCCUUUCUGCUAUUUGCAUUGUUGGGGAAGAGAACAUUCUAGACAAACUUUUAGGGAGCAUCACCGUUGCAGCUGAAAGAAAUAGCAGAGAACGAUUCUCCCCAAUUGUGGAAGGCUUACAAAACAAUGAAGCCUUGCAUCUCCAGGUGGCCUGCAUGCAGUUCAUAAAUGCACUUGUCACUUCUCCAUAUGAUCUUGAUUUUCGAAUUCAUUUGAGGAAUGAAUUCCUCCGUUGUGGACUAAAAGCAAUGCUCCCUAGUCUGAAAGAGAAAGAGAAUGAUGAGCUUGAUAUUCAGUUGAGAGUGUUUGAAGAGAACAAAGAAGAUGACCUAAGUGAAUUAUCCCACCGUCUCAAUGACAUUCGAGCUGAAAUGGAUGAUAUGAAUGAAGUCUACCAUCUUCUCUAUAAUAUGCUGAAAGACACUGCUGCUGAAGGUUACUUAUUAUCCAUCCUCCAACACUUUCUGCUCAUCAGAAAUGAUUACUAUAUCAGUAUGUCUGUGGGUUUUGUGUGCAUGUAUAUGUUUGUCUACAAUACUUGUGUAAACAAGGCAAAAGUUGAAGAAAGUGAGCAAAAAGCAAUGGAAUUUUCAAAGAAGUUCGAUGAAGAAUUCACAGCUCGUCAGGAAGCUCAAGCAGAGCUUCAGAAAAGAGAUGAAAAAAUCAAAGAACUGGAAACAGAAAUCCAGCAACUUCGAGCCCAGGGACCUCCAUCUGCAUUUCCAGGCCCAACUCCACCACCAGGUGCAGGACCAUGCUCACUACUGCCUCCUCCUCCAACACCAUCUCCACUUGCAGGAGUCGUUCCUCCUCCUCCUCCUCCUCCACCACCACUACCUGGGAUGCCUGGCAUUCCACCACCACCACCACCAGCAGCACCUUUGCUUGGAGUACCUCCUCCACCACCACCCCCUGAAGGAAUUCUUCUUCCUCUACCAGGACCAAUUGAGCUACCAUAUGGAAUGAAACAGAAAAAAUUAUAUAAGCCAGAAAUAUCUAUGAAAAGAAUCAACUGGUCCAAGAUUGAGCCUAAGGAAUUAUCUGAAAACUGUGUUUGGCUAAAACUUAAAGAAGAGAAGUAUGAGAAUCCAGAUCUAUUCGCAAAACUGGCCUUGACAUUUCCUUCCCAGAUGAAAGGUCAAAGGAAUGCAGAGGCUGCAGAAGAAAAUAAGAGUGUGCCUCCAAAGAAGAAAGUGAAGGAAUUGAGAAUUUUGGAUCCCAAAACAGCCCAGAAUCUGUCUAUCUUCCUUGGAUCUUACCGCAUGCCAUACGAGGAAAUAAAGAACAUUAUUUUGGAGGUUAAUGAACAAUUGCUCAGUGAGGCCCUAAUUCAGAAUCUUGUAAAAUAUCUUCCUGAGCAGAACAUACUCCGAGAACUAGCACAGCUUAAGAAUGAAUAUGAUGAUCUCUGUGAGCCUGAACAGUUUGGUGUUGUGAUGAGCUCGGUGAAAAUGUUACGGCCUCGUCUCAUGAGCAUCCUUUUCAAACUCACCUUUGAAGAACAUGUCAACAACAUCAAACCAAGCAUCAUAGCAGUAACUCUUGCAUGUGAAGAACUGAAGAAAAGUGAAAGCUUUAACAAACUCUUAGAGUUGAUUCUUCUUGUUGGAAACUACAUGAACUCAGGCUCACGGAAUGCCCAGUCUCUGGGUUUUAAGAUCAACUUUCUGUGUAAGAUCAAAGACACAAAAUCAGCAGAUCAAAAAUCAACCCUUUUGCAUUUUCUUGCUGAAAUCUGUGAUGAGAAAUACCGAGAUAUCCUGAAAUUUCCUGAAGAGCUGGAGCAUGUGGAAAGCGCAAGCAAAGUUUCAGAUCAAAUACUCAAGAGCAACCUUGUAGCAAUGGAACAAAGCAUUCUUCACCUGGAACAUAGCAUCAAGACUUUCCCCAAACCAGAAUCUCACCUUGAUAAGUUUGUGGAAAAGAUGAUGAGCUUUACACAGCAUGCCAGAGAACAGUAUGACAAACUGUCUACCAUGCACAACAAUAUGUUGAAGCUCUAUGAGAGUCUUGGAGAAUACUUCAUUUUUGACCCGAACACAGUAACCAUAGAAGACUUUUUUGGCAAUCUCAACACCUUCAGAACCCUAUUUUUGGGUGUUGCUAACACAUCAACACAGACAAUGGGUCCACUUCCUGCAGCUACUGCUGCUGCAGCCACUCCUGCUGUCCGCACAGUUCCUGGGUAUAAAUACGCUGCAGGAGUCUGCAGUCUCCAGCAACAUCUUAAUGCCCAGCCACAAGUUACCAUGCAACAGCCUGCUGUUCAAGUGCAAGGUCAAGAACCUUCAACUGCUUCCAUGUUGGCAUCUGCGCCCCCGGAAGAGCAAAAGCAAAUGUUGGAGGGUGAUGAGACUGGAGUGAUGGAUAAUCUUCUGGAAGCCCUACAGUCAGGUGCAGCGUUCAGAGACCGCAGAAAGCGAAUUCCAAGGAAUCCAGAUAAGGUUAUGGUGUGA